AGGAGGAAGCAAGACGACUCCAGACCUGUGGACUCACCGGAGUUAGAGGAGAAGUUGACUUUCCAUCUAGUAAACCUGGCUGCUGGAAGAGAAAAACAGGAGUAUGGCAUCAUAAAGGGGAUUAAGAGAAGGAUCAGGCCAAAGAGAUGGCACAGCAGGAGGAACCCCUGUAUGAUUUCCCGGAGCCCAGCCAGUCAACAGAGCGACCGUUCCAGGGGCAUCAGAGGGGACAGGGCUCCUUGAGAAGCGUCAGCGUGCUGGACCGCCUCCUGCUCACGGUGCCUGUCUGGCUUCAGCUGUCAAUCAACCCUGCGACCGCACUGCACAUACUGCAGAGAGAGCCUCCAGGGACAUUCCUGGUGCGGAAGUCUCGCACAUCUCAGAGAAACGUGCUGUGCGUGCGGCUGGUGGACGACAGCGUGCCGUCCUUCGUUCGGCAGUUUGGCAUCAGGGAGGAACAGAGCACUCAGUGUCUGGAGGAUUCAGCCAUCAGUUUUCCAGAUCUGCCGAGACUAAUUUCUUUCUACUGUGUCAGCAGAGAUGUAUUACCUUUCCCUCUGGAGCUUCCUGAAGCCAUCGCCAAGGCAACAUCACACAAAGAGCUGGAGUCCAUCUCACAUAUGGGAAUAGAGUUUUGGAGUUCACAUCUGAACGUCCGAGGGCCGCGGGAAGCUCCCAAGCCCCAGAAGGACAAGGAGAAGAAGCCAGACUCUGUAACGCCAGCGCCACCUGCUGCUCCUCCACAGACCAGAUCUGAAGGUACCUCUCAGCCCGACUCAGACCACCAGCCCAAGACAGCACCUGAACCAGACGCAGCCACCAGUCAAUCAGCUUCCAACCCCACUCUGUUCCAUGAGUUUUGUCCAAUCACGACACGCAGCCCCGGAGAGUUGGACUCUGGAUCCGGCUUGGGCGCUCUCUGCUUCAUCAAUCCGCUUUUCUUGCAGUCUCAGAACGUUCUGUCCCGACGGCAACUGCUCAAACGCAGCCUCAAAAUUCGAAUUUCCACAGAGACAUCCACCAUGCUGCCACCACCGCUCGCUCCGCCACCCCCACCGCCUCUCAUGCCCAAAACUAAGGGCAGGUGUAAAGCACAGAAAAAGAAACAGGGUGAUGGAGGCGCCCAGCUCAGUGGAAGUCUUUCUCAGGGUGGGAACCCAAGUCAAGCCACCACCCUGGGUGAUCCCACAGCCCAGGACACCUCACAGACUCUGACACAAACACAGGAAGGUCCCAGUGGAGCGCAAACACAGCUUCUGUCUGCACCUCCUCUCUCCCAGCCUGAGGAGCAGGAGUCGGGUCAAACUGAAGCUCAAUUCGAGGGAGUAGAGGCUGCCCAGCUCCCAACAGUGAUGGACCUCCUCCAAGAGGACUCAGACUACAUGCAGCCCUCUCCAAUUAUCAGCUUCUCCCAACCUCCCUCACUCUCUCCUUACCUCUCCCCUUACAUGGCACCUCCUCUUUUCCCAAAAUUGUCCCACUCUCCUCGCGGCUCCCCCGGUAUUUCUCCCUCUCUCUCCCCUUAUCAAUCCCCAAGCAUGUCUCCCAGGGCCCCCUUUGGUCUCUCUCCAUGUGACUCCCCCUGUGCCUCACCCUCCCUUUCACCUUAUCAGUCCCCAUCACUUUCUCCAAGGACCGCCUUCCCCCUGUCUCCCUUCACUGCCUCAUCCUUCUCUCAGCUGGCAGAGCAGGUGUAUCACGUCCCCUCUGCCACCGCUUUAAGACCCGAUCAGCAAAGAUCAGAGCCUGACGGUGAGGAGAAAAGAGAAGCCACUGAUGGAAAUAAGGAGGAAGAAGAUGAAACAAAUGAGGAAUUGGAGGGUUUGGUUUUACAGAUGAAUGCUGCUAUUCUAAAUGACACGGACAGCUGCAGUUCCUUUAGCAGUCUCGAGGGGGCAGCAGAGACUCCAAUUCGCUCACUGCAUGAUCAGAACAUUGUGAGUCUCUAGCAAACAGAAAUACAAGACUAUCAAUUAUUAUAUUAUGUGAUAUAAUAAAGUAUCAUGUAAAAUUAGCACAGAUAUGUUGACAGCAUUCAAGGAGCGUAGAAGUUUUUAGACGCACAAAACCAAAAUUUAUCACGCACAUACCUGAUGUUUUGCAUUUAUAGUCAUGUUAAUAGAAAUUUUGUACAGUUUCUAUCAUCCUCUGUUUCCCGAGCAUACAAUAAAAUAUCUGACAGAUUUUGUACCUGACAGGGUUUCCGUAUCUCCUGAAAAUUAAAUUGCAGA